UACAUUGAGGGAGUAGGCACAACUGUUUGGUCAAAUAGACGAUCAUUCAAUGUAUCAGGAAUAUCAUCAGAUCAUGAACUUUUUUGUUGGUUGUAUGCAUCAUUAGUCUUAUACGUGUUCUUUGGUAUUGACUUUUUUUCAUGCGAAAUUUUUUGUCCUUUCAUUUCAUCAUUAGAGGAGGAUUUGGAUUCUUGA